CCAUUCCCUUGUCUGACGCCGCUGGACAAUGAGCUCGCUGUUGAAAUGCCGAUGUUUGUCCAGGGCCGCUCAAGGGUUCAUUAAGAGAACCCCGCUCACUGUGCGCAAUGGCGUUCGUCUCCUUUCUCUAAAUUCGGCGAUCUCCAAUGGAAUCCGCAGGGGCCGCUAUGUCGAUUCCUCACCUGAAGACAGGACUUGGUCCCGGUCCAAACCAGUGCCGCAGCAAGAGGAACGGAGAAGAAAGCCCCAACGGCGGGAAUCACGGGGAAAUUCUACACGGGGACGGGGGAGCUAUGAUUUGAGGCGCCAGGCCUCGCAGAAAAGGAGUCCCAAGAAGGGGCCCAACGGGACGGACGAGGACGUGCUCAACAAGCAGGUAUCAUUAUUCACCAAGGUUUCACGCGUCCCUCCUCCAGCUAUCCCGUAUAUGUCUGCUGUCUCCGAGUUUAUAUACGGCUUUCAUCCAGUUAGGUCGGCUAUACGCGCUGGCCGGCGCAAGAUCUAUGCCUUGUACCUCUGCGAAAGGCCUACGAAUCAACUCUCCGGGUCCGGACUCAACAGCCUACAAAAACUGGCAGUUACAGCAGGCGCUAAAGUGAAGAUUGUUUCUUCUGAAUGGUCGCAAGCCCUCUCCCGGGUCUGCAAGGAGGUAAAUCAUCAAGGAAUUGUUGCGGAAGUGUCUCCACUGCCAAAACUCCCUGCACUAAGCUAUGAGCAGGUGGCUUCAUUGCCAGUGACAAAUUUUAAUGUCAAGGUAGCGCCGCAGUCAAAAGAAGAGGCCGCGGUCAAUGGCACAAGCGGUCUCAUUCCGCUUACUUCAUUACGGCAAAACUCCUACGACGAUCAUCGUACCCAACAUAACCCACGAUACCCUUUCACUCUUCUCCUUGAUGGAAUUGUGGAUCCGCACAAUCUAGGUGCCAUUCUUAGAAGUGCGUACUACUUCGGUGCUGACGCUGUCGCAUUCUCCUCGCGUAACUCAGCCCCAUUAUCCCCCGUGGUUAUGAAAUCCUCCUCCGGUGCCGCCGAACACAUACCUCUAAUCUCCAUUCACGAUACCGUUUCCUUUAUAGAUGCCUCGCGCCGCAAUGGCUGGCGUUUCUUCGCUGCCGAACCUCCCGCAUCAGUCGCGCCCGACAGCAAGAAUAAAAAUAUCGUUUCAUCCAAAAAUCUACCAAACGAACUCCAAAACUAUCCAUGUGUCCUAAUGCUCGGGAACGAGGGAGAUGGUCUAUCCAAAGAGCUGAAGUCUAAAGCCGAUGCAUCCGUGGUGGUUGAUUGUCCACGAAAACAUAUUGUGGAUGAGGUGGAUAGUUUAAAUGUUGCCGUUGCUUCUGGGAUCCUAUGCCAAGCAUUCAUGCGCGGAUCAGGCGUACGCAGUCGAGCAAAUGAGACAAGUUCUUUUCUCCCGAUCCCUGGACCAGUGAGACAAGAUUCCUGUAUCCAAGAGGAAGCAAACGAUGUCAAAUUUACACCACGGGAGAAAAGGGAUGCCGAUGAGGAACGUAUCUUUUGAAUGACAUCUGUCUAUUCCCUUUGCGAGAAUGUGGGGCAAUUUUAUCUAGUCAUUUCCAUGGCGUUUCAGGAUACAUGCAUAUUGAGCCUCUUUGUACUUUGUCUUGAUGACUCUUUAAACAACACUGUGGUACAAUUCAUAGAGGGCGUUUUUGAAGCGAUAUCGACCUAUUUUAUUUCUUUCUUAUCUUCAUUCCUGUGGACUAUACUGGAGUUGCAGAAUGUAUUACCUGUAAAUAUGAUGGCUAGAUGCCCACCAAGCGAGUGCUGUUGGCUUAAGGAAAGAAAGAGAGGAACACAACGAGAAAUGCUAGGAGGGAUAAGAAGUCCAACCGGCUUCUAACAGGUUGCGUGACAUGAAAGGUUUUAUGUACACCCGGAGAGUAGCACGGGUAGUCACCUCCAUCAGAUCCGACCCCGCCCCCUUGUAGGACGGCAAUCGGCUAUUGAAAACGGUCUCGUUUCUGAGGCAUCCAAUAUCAGUAUAUAUAUACAGGCCACUACUCCUAAUACUUCUUGUGCAGACGCCAUAGAGCGCCAAGUCAUUGUAUAUAAUGUCAAAGAUGGCCCUAGAA